UGAAUUCUAUCGACAGGACUCUAGAAUGUGAUAGAUGUCACGUGAUCAUCCCAUGUACUUCUAAUGAGUCAGGGGAAUUUUUUUGACGCGUACUUUUCUACCUAUCCAAACUGAAGAUCUCCCCCUCCCUUUAUGUGGACAUCCUAUCGCGCAGCUUCACUCAGACGAGCGAAGGCCUGUUCUAUCUUUGGAUUGAUUUAUUAUACAAUGCACCAGCCAGUUUUAUGUCCGCGUGCGAUAAGAAAUCAGCGCAUGCGCACUGAGCAUAAAUGACAGUAAUGCGGCACUAAUUUAAGACACACUUAAAACAGGAGAGAAUGCCAUCCGAGUUGUCUUGCAAUUUUUUUUUUGUGCGUUGUGGCUUUUCUCUCUUUAAAAUCUUUAAUUUCUUCAGCGACCAAUCAGCGUGAGUAUAUUGUUGAGAUUAAUAGCGCGUACAGAUUUAGGAGCUUGUCUCUUCUACUGUCGUUUUUACUCCACGUUUACACUGUCAUACAACUGAAAUGAUUAGGCACUCUCAAGUUAGAGGUUUUAUGCAAGGGUAGGUUUAUUUGUGAAGCGGGGAAGACGGACGCGGAUGUGGAUUGAUGCAAUUUUAAACAGUCUCGUGCUUUUAGCCGCACAGAUCAGCCUUCUGAAUGGGUUGUGACGAAGAAGAGUGUCUUUGACGCAUCAAUUAAUACAGUCCAGAAGAUUUCCAUUUCCGGUUGAAGGAAUCGGCGAAUCAGGCUAAAGUAUAGCCCGGAAUUGUCAUUGGCUGAUUUGGUAUUGCCGGCGGGACUAGCCAUGGACCCCCCGGAUUUGACAAGUCCCGUUAGGGACAUGGGAGUUAACCGCGAGGUUCGCCAUGAUGUAGACGAUGACGCCAGCGACCACAGGCACAGCUCCAUGUACAUUGGUCUGCGGUUACCCAAGCGCCCUAAGCGACCGUCUCGGGGAAAUCGCCGUUCCAGGGAGAAGCGAGAAAAGGCAUCCACCAGCCCUACAGUUGAGGAUGCUUCACCAACGACUCUUUCGCCGAGUGAGCAGGUUCAGUGCUUGCUGGGUGACACAGAGGAGGGAGAAGAACACGAGAGUCAUAGCGUCUUCUGUCAGAUGGAUCAGCUCCACAAACUGGGUGGAGAACUCGAGUGGAGGGAGGCAGCCAGGUGGGUGAAGUACGAGGAAGACGUAGAGGAAGGAGGUGAGCGAUGGUCAAAACCUCGUGCCUCUCUGUCACUUCACUCCCUGUUUGAGCUACGUAGCAGUUUGACCUCAGGGGUUGUCAUGCUGGACAUGGAUGCCUACCACAUUUCACAGGGGGCAGACCUCCUGUUGGAUAACCUUAUAAAUAAACAGUUGCUGGAGGAGUCAAUGCGCGACACAAUACGCAACGUUUUGCUCUUGCCACAUCGCCACCAGCAUCAGAAACGGCGUCGCAGCAGCGUGAGACCGGGAAUGGGAACGGAGACAGGGGGACCCACAGGUAGCAUGCUCAGGACACUGUCAGAGAUCGGGCGCAGGUUUUCAGAACAUGGAGGACUGAGGGCAAGAGGACAACAGUUUGGAAGUGGACAUCUGAACAUACCAAUGUCUGCUGACAUGCAGGCCGUGGCGGAGAAGUUCCACCAACAGCAUGGCAAUUCACCUCUCCUGAAGAGAAACCCCCACAGCUCACCCAACAUGGAGCAGCUGAAUGGUGGAAUUCAUGAAUCUGCCUCCUCGGCUAACCUCAAGUUGAACCAGAACUUCAUGAGAAAGAUCCCAGAGGGCGCUGAGGUGGCUAACAUGAUGGUGGGUGAGGUGGAUAGCCUCAAGUACCAGGUGUGCGCCCUGGUGAGGCUUUGUGAGGCACGGAUCAUUGGGGACAUGUCUGAGGUGCCCAUCCCCACCCGCUUCCUCUUCUUCCUGCUGGGCCCUACGGGCACCAUGACAAAGAUGGUGGAGAUCGGCCGCUCCAUGUCCACCAUCAUGGUGGAUCAGGUAUUCAGAGAGGUCGCUUAUCGCGCCAAGAGACGCCAGGAUCUCUUGGCUGGAAUUGACGAGUUUUUGGACCAGGUGACUGUGCUGCCACCUGGCGAGUGGGAUCCGAACAUUAGGAUAGAGCCACCUGCGAGUGUGCCCUCACAGGAAGCCCGAAAGAUUGCGCCAAAACCUGAUGCUCCAGAUGCCACUGAGGAGGAAGAAGAAAUUGUCUCCCACUGCGACCCAACCUUACAGAGAACUGGCAGAAUCUUUGGAGGCUUAAUCGCUGAUGUGAAGCGCAAGAUCCCUUGGUACGCCAGCGACUUUAAGGACUGCCUCCACAUCCAGUGUUUCGCCUCCGUUAUUUACCUGUUCUUGGCAACCCUUACUCCCAAUGUCACAUUCGGCGGACUUCUUGGACUGGCUACCCACAACAACAUGGGCACGAUGGAGUGUAUCCUGUCUGCGGCCAUCACCGGGGUGCUGUUUGCCCUGUUCUCGGGGCAACCCCUCAACAUCCUGGGUAGUACAGGACCCAUGUUGGUCUUGGAGAUGAUUCUUUACAAUUUCUGUCACGAGAAUGAGUUAGACUUCUUACCAUUUCGCGUUUGGAUUGGUUUGUGGACGACGGUGAUUCUCCUCAUGGUAGUGGCCUUUGACCUCAGCGCUCUGGUGCGCUACAUUACUCGAUUCACAGAGGAAAGUUUUGCGUGCCUCAUUGCCAUAAUCUUCAUAGUGGAAGCAUUCAAGAAACUGGCAGGCAUUUUCGCCAAGUACCCAAUAAACACAGAACCGGAUAAGCCUCUGGACUACAGUUGUAUGUGUUACCCCAAUGGUACCAAUGGCACUUAUGGAUCGCCCUUCGAUUUCGUGAACGACACCACGGAAACUCUUACCCGGUCAAUCCGGGCAGCUGUGGAGGCUGCGAAACCUGAGGUUGACCUGACCAGAUUCAAGGUCAACGGCACGUUGGAUUUUGAUUUGGUGAACUGGACGACGGUGUCACAUGAUGAAUGUAAGGAGCUGAACGCGAGCCUGGUGGGCACUGGAUGUGACACACCGCACUACGUCGCUGACGUCUCCUUCCUGUCUGUCAUCUUGUUCCUCUUCACCUUUGGUAUAGCCUUCGCACUCACACACUUCAAGAACACACAGUUUUUCCCGACCUUUGUUCGCCAGUGCUUGAGUGACUUUGCGGUCUUGAUUGCUAUCAUUUUAAUGGUAGGCCUAGAUGCCAUCAUCGGGAUUGGAACACCAAAACUUGAAGUGCCUGAAAAAUUUGCUCCAUCAAGUAGUGAGCGUGGCUGGUUCAUUAAUCCCAUGAGUGAUAAAAACCCGUGGUGGCUUACUCUUGCGGCUGUACUUCCCGCGCUGCUGGCCACCAUCUUGAUCUUCAUGGACCAGCAGAUCACGGCUGUCAUUGUCAACCGUAAGGAGAACAGGCUUAAGAAAGGAAAUGGUUACCAUUUGGACUUGUUCAUUGUGGCAAUCUGCAUCACAAUCUGUUCCCUUUUGGGUCUACCCUGGUACGUGGCAGCCACUGUCUCCGCUAUCGCCCACAUCAUGAGUUUGAAGAAAGAGUCUGAGUGCAACGCCCCGGGGGAGAAGCCCGUUUUCCUGGGGGUCAGGGAGCAGAGAGUGACUGCCCUCAUGGUGGGAAUCCUCAGUGGCUGUUCUGUACUCUUCACCAGCGUUCUUCGUGUUAUCCCUAUGCCUGUGUUGUAUGGAGUGUUUUUCUACAUGGGAGUGGCUGCUCUGAAAGGCAUGCAGUUUGUAGACCGUGUUUUAAUCCUGCUGAUGCCUGCCAAAUACCAGCCGGACACAACAUAUUUGCGACAUGUACCGAUCAAGAGGGUCCACCUGUUCACUUUCAUACAGUCCAUCUGUAUUGCCUGCCUCUGGGCCAUCAAAAGUGUUAAGGCCGUUUCUAUCGUCUUCCCCAUCAUGGUACUGGCCACUUGUUUUGUGAGGAAGGCGUUAGAUUACAUGUUUUCCCAGAGAGAACUGAAGUACCUGGAUGACAUCAUGCCCGAGAUUACUUCCCGGGCCAAGGAGGAUGCAAAAAAGGCCAAGGGGAAGGAACCCGAUGAAGAGGAAGAGCUACUGAGGGAUGAUGAGGAACACAUGAUGGGCAUUAAGGCAGAUUACCUGAAACCCCGAGGCAACAUCCGCCGCAGCAGCAUGGACACCGAUAGGGUCAACAUCUCGGAGGAGAUGGCGAAGACAUCCAUCUGGCUCUCGGUUAGGAAGGACUCCACCCCGCAGUUUGACAACCCGCCCCCUAAAGAUGGCAGUCCAAGCAAAAACAAAAAGAAAAAGAGGAGCAAGGACAAAAACAAGGAGAAGGACCGGGACGCUGACCAGGAGGAGUCUCCUCCAGAGGUGGAGGAGAACGGUCAUGGACACCACAUCCCAGAGCACAAUCACCAGGCCAAGAUGGGCAUGUUCUUCAUCCCUGGCGAGGAGCCAGCAGAGGUGAUGAAGGAAAUCCCUGAAGAGUUGGAGGAAGCCGAUGAAAGUAAAGUGUAACCGAUGAAGGGUACAGGCCUGGUACAUGUAGUGGUGUCUAAACAGAUGAAUGUUUCAGGCCAUGGACAAACUUUGUAUCUGAAGCAGGUUUCAGAUCUUGUACAAAACUGAAACAGAUGAUGGUUUCAGGCCUUGUACAAAACCGAAACAGAUGAUGGUUUCAGGCCUUGUACAUGAAGAAUGUGUAAAUGGAGGAAAGUUACAAGUCUUGGACAAAACUGUGUUAAAAAAACAAAACAGGACAAAUCUUUUAGGCCCGGUACAUAUAUGUAACUGGUCAAAGCUCAGGCCUGACAGAAGUGUGUAGCAGACCACGUUCAGGCCUUGUACAGAGAUGUAACGGAUGAAGUUCAGGUCUGGUAUUCUGGUACAAACAUAUAUUUACAGAUGAAUUUCAUGUCUGAUACAAGAAAAGUGUAAUGGGUUUACCUCACAAAGGCCUGGUGAGAGUUGUAACAGAUGAUAUCUUCAGGUCUAACAAAAUGUAUGGCUAUAGCAAAAUAACAGAUACAAAAAUGUAAUAGAUGCCACUUCAAGGCCUGUUUAGAAGUGUGAUACAUAUAGAUGAUACCUUCACACCUCCCAUAAAGUGCUACAGAAAACAACUUCAGCCCUUACACAAGGAAAAGUUCAUUGGAUGAACAUUUCCUGAAACAGUUUAUUAAAUGAAAUAUUUACUGGCAAAAAAGGAAAAUUGAAAACUUUGUAUUAUAAGCAGAAGUAUUUCAGUCUUCUGUCCUGGAUUCAUGUCAUGACAUUGCUGUAGGGAAUGAAGGUUGAGAGAAAACUGUAAUGGGUGAAUGAUGUUCCUGGGGUGUCUACGUGAAACUCAGGCUGUUAAUAAAUCAAUCGAGUUGAACUUCUGGCCUGAAAAGCAUGGUUAGAGGUGAAAUUCAAUCCUGAAACACAUGGUUAGAGGUGAACUUCAGUCCUGAAACAAAUGGUUAGAGGUGAAAUUCAGUCCUGAAACAAAUGGUUAGAGGUGAAUUUCAGGUGUGAAAAAUGGUUAGAGGUGAACUUCAGUCCUAAAACAAAUGGUUAGAGGUGAAAUUCAGGCCUGAAGCAGAUGGUUACAGGUGAAAAACUAGACGUGUCGGAAGUGUAACAACCUUGUUUGACUUCAGGUGUGAUCGUGUAUUCCGAUAGACCAAGAAAAUUUGCCAGUUCUAAAUAUAUUUUACUGGAUCAUCUUUUCUACCAGCUCUUGGGUAUCGAUACAUAUACUCUCUCUAUGGUAAAGUGUUCAAGGUUACGAAUGAAUCUGAUAACAGUGGGUUGUUCUCAUGUGGCAAGACCUGUAAGCGAAAUGUCUGCUGAGAAAAGAUCUACAAUUGCUCUAGGUUUUUGAGUGUAUGAUUAAUAUAAUAGUAAAUACAGUCUGAUCUCUAUUUCAGAUGUAUGUGCUUACAAGCUGUUUAUGUGCAUAC